CACAAACCUUUUUUACACCAAAUAUUAUAGUAAAUAUUGCCAGCACAUUUGACAGCAGCGCAAUGGCCAAGCGUACUGGAGAAACCACUGUCGAAAGGGUCUCGCCUGAGAGGAAGCGCUUGCGCAGCACCGCGGCUCCUGACCGCUUCACACGGACGCUGUUUGCCUCGGAGAUAAAGAAACGCACCGACCGCCUGACAGCCAUCCUGCAGCAGCGGUCACAGCAUGAAGAAUACCUGCCGCAGGCGAUGAACAACGCGAUCGAGCUGAUCCAGGGUCUGCAGUGGCUCCAAACACAAAACACGCCGGGAUCGCGCCAUGCAUUCGGGUCAAUGUACAACGGCGCACUCGACUACGUGGGCAGCGUAAUUGAUCGGCUGGCAAAGGUUGACGAAUUGGACAUCAGCGAAGAUGCCGACAAUGUUGGCAACGACGGGUCGCUGGAGGCGUCAUUUGCCGGUGCAUACCAGUUCCUUAUCGAGCUGAUCGCGAAACACAAUGAAUGUAUGUAGAUGUGCUGGCAUCUGUGGGUGCUUUUAUGUUCUGCUGUUGCUGCUGUUGCUGUUGUCGCUUCUCUGGAGAUGCACAGAGGAGCUGGCUCCCCAACUAACACAUCAUUCCCAUUUUCUCUCUAGCGUAGGGGAGGCAGUGGGUGUGGCGGCUAAACUGCCAUUGCCAGCUCUUCCACUUCCCAAACCUCCCCUGUUUUUAAAUACCUGUUCGUAACUUAUCACACCACUUUCUCUUGCGUCUCGCCCAAAAAAGAUACAUAUAAAUAUUAACAUUCAAA